CUUCCAACUACGUCAGUCCCGCCCGGAGAUCCUAUGGUUUGGUCACUCAGGUUUCUCUUUAUUCUGUAACUCCCAUCACCAUGUUUUCUGCCUCUGACUUCUGUUCUCUCCUGCACCCUAAAAUUCCCGAUUUCACUAGGAAUUCUUACGUGGCACUGCAUUCACUCUACCCCCCGAAAUCUCUGAGUCUGAUGAAUGUUUCCCCUCAUUAGGGCAGCUAUUGCUUGUGAGGGGUUGCCAUUUUGGGAAACUCAUCUGAUCUUCAGGGUCAAGUGCUGCCUCCCAUAACACUUCAUCAUUCUCUACUACUCAUAUCAUGCUUCUGGUGGAACAAUUGCUCUUCAUCUGAUCUGAUCCAGUGUUACUUUUUACCCGUGCUCUUCAAUACAAUUUCAUACCAUAUUCAAUCUGCCAUUUUCAUAGACAUCCUUAUCACCUGACCAACAAUACUAAAUCUAACAUUUCGAACCACCUAAGAGAAUAUGCCACAACUAUACUGUCCUAUACCGCCCAGGGAUAAGGACAUAUACCGCUUUCGGCAGCAAUUUGGAGCGAGUCUGGGAUCUUUCUUCGUACUCGGUCCGCGUAAUACCGCUGACGAGUCAAAUGAACUACAGUUACUCAAAACAUCCAUAGCAUCCACCGGACUCGAGCAAACCAAACAGAAAUGGGAAUCCCACUGGCACUCUGCACUGACCGACGAAGACCUUUCCUGGCUCAAGGACGUAGCGCAAUGCCGAACCCUCCGCUUACCAUUGAGCUUCUACUCCCUCGGACCCGUAUUCAGUCGGGGAACAUCCUUCGAAGGGGAUCCAUCAGAAGUGUACCACCAAUGCUGGAGUACCGUGAAGCAUCUCAUCGAAAAAUGCUGGUUCCACGGGAUCGGUAUUCUCAUUGAUUUUCAAGCCAGCGCCAGCGGUAUAAACCUCUGUGCCAGUGCCAAAGAUCGAACAAUAGCUCGGGACUGCGUCGCUUUCCUUGCCCAAGAGAUAACCUUUCAUUCUAUGUCCGGGGUAGUCGGACUCUCCGUUUCCUCCGGAUGUGAACCUGCCCCAGACAUGUGCGAAUGCUACGACGAAAUCAUCCAAAUAUCCAAUGCCAUUGAUGCAUCCUUGCCUGUAUACAUCAGCGACAAUCAGGCACAAUGCAACAAACGGGUCUUCGAGGGCUGCGAAACCGACAUUCCUCAGUUCAAGAGCGACAUCUCAAAUGGUACAGUUCAAAUACCUAGUCAAAUGAUGCUACCCGAAACAGAGGUCCGAGAGAAAACCAACCAAGCCAACGCCGAACGCUCACGGUUCCAGGACAAGGCUUUGUCGCAAGUCUCGGAGUCUUGGGGCUCGAAUAAACGUCAAAGUUUUGUUCAUGGCUGGAACUUGGGAUACGAUGAUGCAUUACGAUUCUUUAGCGCUGGUGUUCAAGGGAUCUUGGCACCGCGGAAAGGUGCGGACAAGAUCUAUGAUACAGAGUUGUGGGUUCAGCAACGUAAAAGAGAUAUAGACCAAGAGCAGCUCGAGGAGAAUUCGGCGGCAUGGGAGGAUGGUCUUCGGAGAGGGAUUAACGACCUUUACGACUUUAUCGGAAUUUGAUUUCAAAAGAGUAAUCAUGGGUCGAUAAUACUAGCGUGUAGUCUUUGUACGUCUUUGAUAAAGCGCAAUGGGUGUUAGAGAUGUUACUAAUAUGCAUCGGCUUCUCAAGACCGCGGCGGAAAUAUAUUUCGUGG